GGAAAACUUUGGGCUCACUGAUUAUUAAGAUUAUUAUUGUUAAUAAUUAGAUAAUAGUAAAUAAACAUAACUGUAUAUUCAAGCAAGUUGCAUUCAAGAAUGUCCACUCUACUUCAGCAAGGCCUGCCUCUCACAUCGGCCCGUGGGCCGCUAUUGCAGUUUAUGCGUUUUCGCGGAAAAAUAAAUAUACAACGUCCGAAGCAGCCGCAUUAUGAGCGUGCCCGCGUCGUGGCCGUCACACAACCCAAAUAUCCAGAGGCGCCAAAGGCUCUUACCUGUUUUCAGUCACGAGCAGACCGGACGGGCGCUCAGGUGGAGAACCCCUACAAUGCGAUCAUAGCACGUGAGGUGCGCAACUGGCUAGAUCACUCCAAGCUGGUGGCGAUCUUCCACUUGAACUCAAUAACGUCAGACGAGAUCUUUCGGGUUCGCGUGCAGCUGUACAAGCAGAACUUGCACCUCAAAGCCUACGGUCGGAAGAUCAUUGCACAAGCUGUAGCCGGCAGCCAAUACGAGGCUAUUUUGCCACUGUUCCACUCCAACCAUUGUAUCGUGUUCUCGCCCGAUCAACAGCGAGUGGGUGCACUGCUUCGAAUCACACGGAAAGUGCCGCAAAUGGUGUUGCUGGGCGGCAUUGUGGAGCAGAAACUGCUCAGUCGCAACGAGCUGGUGGACUUUGCACAGAUGCCUGGACUGCAGGCGGCACAGGCGCAGCUGGUGCAGACUCUGAACAUGGCGGCGAGCAACGUGGUGCAGCAGCUCCAAGCUCAUCAAUGCAAUCUAAUCAAAGUGCUGGACGUGCACGCCAAGGGCGAUACAACAGAAAAGCAGGAGCCGGAACAGGCAAAGGAAGAGGAAAAGCAGACAUAAGUUACACGUUUAAUUAACAAUAACAGCGAAAAGAAAAUAAUAUUCCUCAUUUGUCUUUCAUACUACA